CCAAGCGGAAGGAAACUUUGGGCCGUGCGCGUGAGCUCUGCUUGCCAUGGCGGCUGCUAAGAAACCUUUGGAGUUCCACGCCAAGCGGCCCUGGCUCGCGGCGGAAGCGGUGGAAGAUCCGGACGAGGACGACGAGGAUGCUAACGAUGAAGCCGAUGAUGGGUUCUCCCUGCAGGAGGUUUUACGGCUCGGAGGCACCAAGCAAGAUUACCUUAUGCUGACUGCUUUGGAUGAGAAUGAGGAAGUGGUGGAUGGAGGCAAAAAAGGAGCAAUUGAUGAUCUUCAGCAGGGUGAAUUGGAAGCAUUUAUUAAGAAUCUUAGUUUAGCCAAGUAUACAAAAGCUUUCUUAAUUGAAGAAGAUCAACCAGCUAAAAAACAAGAAGGCAGCAAAAAAGAAGCAAGAGUAUCUAAAGUAGAUAAUAAAAAGCAAAAUACAGUAGGAAGUGAAAGUAAGGUGAAAAAUAAGAAGAGGCCAGAACAACAUUCUGAUGAGAACAGCAGUGCCAUAACAAAAGCAAAGAGAGAUAAGCAACAGGAUAUCUUUGAAUUUUUUGAGAGACGGACAUUGUUACUUAAGUCUGGAGGCAAAUGGUAUGAUCUGGAGUAUAGCAAUGAAUACUCUUUGGGACCCCAGCCUCAGGAUGUUGUGUCUAAGUACAAAACCUUGGCUCAGAAAUUGUAUGAACAUGAAAUCAACUUAUUCAAAAAUAAGACAAAUAAUCAAAAGGGAGCCUCUAAUACCUGGAUGAAGGCAAUUGUGUCAUCAGGGACGCUAGGUGACAGAAUGGCAGCCAUGAUUCUUCUUAUUCAGGAUGAUGCUAUUCACACACUCCAGUUUGUAGAAACUCUCCUGAACCUUGUUAAAAAGAAGGGCAGCAAACAGCAGUGCCUCAUGGCUUUGGAUACUUUCAAAGAGUUACUCAUUACAGACCUUUUGCCAGACAGUCGAAAGCUACGGAUUUUCAGCCAGCAUCCUUUCAACAAACUAGAACAGUUGUCCAGUGGCAACAAGGACUCAAGAGAUAGAAGACUCAUAUUAUGGUAUUUUGAACACCAGCUGAAACACUUAGUGGCUGAAUUUGUGCAAGUCUUAGACACUUUAAGUCAUGAUUCAUUAGUAACCACCAAAAUUCGAGCCCUUGUAGUGGCUCAUGAGCUACUUUGUAACAAACCCGAGGAAGAAAAGGCCCUUCUUGUGCAGGUGGUAAAUAAACUGGGAGAUCCUCAGAACAGAAUAGCCACCAAAGCCUCCCAUCUAUUGGAGACAUUGCUUUGUAAACAUCCCAAUAUGAAAGGAGUUGUGUGUAGUGAAGUAGAAAGACUGCUUUUCCGUUCAAAUAUCAGCUCCAAAGCCCAGUAUUAUGCAAUUUGCUUUUUAAAUCAAAUGGCCCUCUCCCAUGAAGAAAGUGAAUUAGCUAACAAACUAAUAACUCUUUAUUUUUGUUUUUUUCGGACUUGUAUCAAGAAAAAAGAUAUUGAGUCAAAAAUGCUCAGUGCCCUUUUAACAGGAGUGAAUAGGGCAUAUCCCUAUGCCCAGACUGGUGAUGACAAAGUGAGGGAGCAGGUUGACACGCUGUUCAAAGUGCUGCAUAUGGUGAAUUUUAAUACCAGUGUGCAGGCUUUAAUGUUGCUCUUCCAAGUAAUGAAUUCUCAGCAGACGAUAUCAGAUCGAUAUUAUGCAGCAUUAUAUCGGAAGAUGCUGGAUCCGGGGUUAAUGUUGUGUUCUAAGCAAGCCAUGUUUCUUAACCUUGUCUACAAGUCUCUGAAAGCUGACAUCGUGUUGCGGAGGGUGAAGGCUUUUGUGAAGAGGUUACUUCAAGUUACAUGUGAACAGAUGCCGCCAUUCAUAUGUGGAGCUUUAUAUCUCGUGUCUGAGAUCCUUAAAGCAAAACCAGGUUUAAGAAGUCAACUAGAUGAUCCUCCGGAGUUUGAUGAGGAAGAAAAUUUUAUUGACAUAGGAGAUGAUGAAGAAACAGAAAAAUUCACUGAUGCAGAUAAAGAAACAGAUACAGAUACCAUGAAAAAAGUUGAGAUGGAAGAAACUGUGUCUGAACGUCAUGUGGAAACCAAAAAGUUAGAGUCUGCUUCUUGGGUGCACUUUGAUAAUUUGAAAGGUGGCAAACAGUUAAACACAUAUGAUCCAUUCAGUAGAAACCCUUUGUUCUGUGGAGCUGAAAAUACAAGUCUUUGGGAACUCAAAAAGCUUUCUGAGCAUUUUCAUCCCUCUGUGGCCCUUUUUGCAAAGACUAUCCUUCAGGGAAAUUAUGUUGAGUAUUCAGGGGAUCCACUACAGGAUUUCACACUAAUGAGAUUCUUGGAUCGAUUUGUAUACCGAAAUCCAAAGCCACAUAAAGGGAAAGAAAACACAGACAGUGUUGUGAUGCAGCCAAAAAGAAAACAUUUUAUGAAGGAUAUUCGUAGUCUUGCUGUUAACAGUAAGGAGUUCCUUGCAAAAGAAGAAAGUCAAAUACCAGAGGAUGAAGUGUUUUUCUACAGGCUUAAAUCUGUAACUCAUGAGUUAUUUGUCCAAAACAUGGCUCUGCGUAGAAUUAGCAAAACACUGCACUACUAUGGAGAUAAGUCCUAAACCUACUAGUAUUAAAACUAAUGCCUUGUAAUAGUAAAGGAACUAUUAUCUCAUCUGGUUGAUUGGGUAAUUGGGUUCGAUUUGGUUUGCUCCUUUUUUUUUUUUGGCAGCACUGGAUCUUCGUGGCUGUGUGCGGGCUUUCUCUAGCUGCAGCGAGGGCUACUCUUCGUUGCGGUGUGCGGGCUUCUCAUUGCAGAGCACAGGCUCUAGGUGCACGGGCUCAGUAGUUGUGGCGCACAGGCUUAGUUCCUCUGCGACAUGUGGGAUCUUCCUGGACCAGGGCUUGAAUCCGUGUCCCCUGCAUUGGAAGGUGGAUUCCCAACCACUGCGCCACCAGGGAAGUCCCUGGUUUGCUUUUUUAAAAAAUUUUUUGUGUAAACAAUUUUGAGGCUAUGAUCCCAUCUGCAAAAUGCUAAGUUUCACUGUACCCUGAUAGAAGAAAAAGUCUAACUGAUAAAAUACUGUGAUUACAGGUCAUUUAGAGCCCCAGUUUCUAAUAUUCGAAUACUUGUAUCAUUGCAGUCGUGCUGAUGCUAAAACCACCUUUUACGGUGCCAUUUAAUUAAGAUGAGUUAAGGUGUUUUUAUGAAGAACCAAGCCUAAAUCAUUGAAAUUUACUAUACUUCACGUUUCAAAAGUUUUCAACUGUUUUGAAUUCAAAACUAGUUUUUCUAUAAUAAAUACAGAUUUUAGUCAUUUAUAUCCAGCUGAGUUAACAGUUUUUACACUUGUUUGUGACACUGGCCAUAGGUGCUUUGAUUAUAGUAAAAUGGGCCCUAUGAUAAAACUAUCAAAUAUAUAACAUGCAUUUUAUUUUAGGUAUUAUAAAAAAGUUGCUAGUGUUAAACUGAAACAAAAACGGAAUGAAGAUGAAGAAAGUAUAGAAGAUGUGGAUGAUGAGGAAUUUGAAAAGAUGAUUG